AUGACCAAUAAAACACCUAAUGCAUAUGACCAUAUCCUGACGGAGAACGGAACAUUCUCAGUCCUCUUAUCCACCAAGCAGUCACCAUUCUACAACAGUAGUGCUGCAGAAUCUCCGUUAUCCCACAACAACCAUAACGGUAAACACAUCUAUAGAAGAGCGUCCACAGCCACGUACGAUUCUUGGCUCCAGAAUGCCAUUAGCUUAAAGAGCCAGGUCCUCUCCGACGAUGAAAGAACCAACCAACAACUACCACAAGCCUUACCGGACAUUAAGAUUUAUGGGUUGGAUACCCCACAGGGCACGUACAUACAUUGGCAGUUGAGAGACUUGGUUACACCAUCCAGUGUCAACUGCCAGAACGUGUUGUACUCCUCCGACAACACCAUCAAAAGCUUGAAUUUAGUCACCCGCAAACUGACCAGUGUCUUUAAGACAGAAUACGGCCCCAGAUGCUUCAAAGAGGCUAAUGGUGUGCUUGUCAGUGGGGGUCUAGCCAGCCACGGGUCUCUCCACAGCGGAAAAGGGUUGUUUUCCGUGCAUAACCAACACUCAGAAAUCCUGGAAACGAUUCCAAUCGGGUCUCUCAUAAACAACUCGGUGUCGGUGAAUCCGUUGGCCGGCUCUCCGAACCAGUUUAUUUCACACGUCUGCAACAACGAUCAGUGGUUAUAUGGAGUUGACAUCAGCAACCGUGAGAUUAAGGUGACAUGCUCCAAACGCUUCAAAUCAGCUUUGAACCAUUCGUCGUUGUCGCCUGACCAGAAAAUGGUGGUGGCUUGUGGGGACUCGAGCGAUAUCCUACUUUUAGACCAGGAAGCUUUCGGUAGUGGUACGGGAAACUCCACAAAAGGACAGAAGAUAAUCACCACCAGACAGGACUGUGGAUUUUCGACGAGCUUCAACCGAUCGGGGACGUUGUUCACGUGCUGUUUCCAGGAUGGUACGAAUUUGAUUUACGACGUAAGGCAGACGGAUAUACCCUUGCAAGAGGUGCUAUCCUCCAGAAAGAGAGCCCAGUACGGUGAGGGGGCUUUCAGGGUGGCCAAGUUCAGUCCUCUGCAUGAUGACUUGCUUAUUAUUUCCGAACACGUUAGCCGUGUCCAUUUGGUCGACACGAGAAACUUCCAGAAUCACCAGGUGGUUAUCAUGCCGAUGGCCAAUAAAGUGGGGAUCCCCGAAAGCGCAUCAGGACAUGGCUAUGAACCUAUUUUGUACGAUUACGACUACGUGAUGGCCAACGCGACGCCUAGUGCAUAUGCCUUCAGCCUUAUGGGGAACGGGACGUUCACCGUCUCCAACUCAUCGGGCUCCUCCCCAAUCCCCUCAUCCACCGAGCCCUCACCAUUCUAUAGCAGCGGUAUGACCGCUACCCCAGGUGCAACAGGAUAUCCGUCAGUCCACAACAACCGUAACGGUGGACGCAUCUAUAGAAGAGCGUCCACAGCCACGUAUGAUCCUUGGAUCCAGAAUGCCAUUAACUUAGAGGGCCAGGUCCUCUCCGACGAUGAAAGAACCAGCCAGCAAACACCGCUAGCCUUACCGGAUACCAUUGCCAGAGACGCGUAUGAGUACUCUGACACCGAGAUUUGUGGGUUGGACUGGUUGGAUACUCCGCAGGGCACGUACAUGUUGAUUGGGACCCAUCAAGGAAUCACCAAAUGGAAGGUGAAUAGCUGGUCGAGAAGAUGCUUCCCUUCUUACACCAUGGUUUAA